AUGGCUUAUCCCAUGUACGAAGUGGAUUGGAGUGUGCUACCACCAGAUCAAAACAGAAGGUUCAACCCGGCAUUUAACAUAGCCACAAUAAAACAAGUUGUAAAUGAAGCAAUAGAGAGAGUCGCGCCGGUUUCAGUACGGAUGCAGACUCCCACACGUCUUAGGGAUCUGAUUCGUCAAAUUCGUGCGGCCAGAACGGCUGCGGAAGAAAGAAGUGUUGUGAAUAAGGAGUGUGCAUAUAUUCGAUCCACGUUUAGAGAAGAAGACAGUGUGUGGAGAUGUCGCAACAUAGCGAAGCUCCUAUACAUCCAUAUGCUGGGUUAUCCAGCGCAUUUUGGUCAACUGGAGUGCCUCAAACUGAUAGCCAGCCCUCGCUUCACGGACAAGAGGGUUGGAUAUUUGGGUGCGAUGCUGUUAUUGGAUGAACGGCAAGAUGUACACUUGCUCAUUACUAAUUGCUUGAAAAAUGACCUGAACAGCAACACACAGUUUGUUGUGGGACUAGCGCUCUGUACCCUCGGGGCUAUCGCGUCACCAGAAAUGGCGAGAGACCUCGCAUCGGAAGUGGAACGUCUGAUAAAGUCCCCGAACGCCUACAUCAAAAAGAAGGCGGCCUUAUGUGCCUUCAGGAUUAUAAGAAGAGUACCAGAUUUGAUGGAGAUGUUCUUGCCGGCUACGAGAAGUCUUCUAACUGAGAAAAAUCAUGGUGUUCUUAUCACGGGCGUGACCCUUAUCACGGAAAUGUGUGAAAAUAGUCCGGACACUCUGAAUCACUUCAAAAAGAUUGUGCCGAACCUGGUGCGAAUAUUGAAGAACCUCAUACUUGCUGGUUAUUCACCGGAGCAUGAUGUUAGCGGUGUUUCCGACCCAUUCCUUCAGGUGAAAAUUCUUCGCCUGCUCCGAAUACUAGGCAAAAACGAUGCUGAAGCCUCCGAAGCGAUGAACGAUAUCCUUGCCCAAGUCGCCACGAAUACUGAAACGAGCAAGAACGUUGGCAACACAAUAUUAUACGAAACAGUACUCUCUAUCAUGGACAUUAAGUCUGAGAGUAGCUUGCGUGUGCUGGCCAUCAAUAUUUUGGGCCGUUUCCUUCUUAAUAAUGACAAGAAUAUCCGAUAUGUGGCGCUCAAUACACUCCUGAGGACGGUCCAUGUUGAUACGUCAGCGGUUCAACGGCACAGAACAACUAUAUUGGAGUGUUUGAAGGACCCAGACGUGUCCAUUCGUCGUCGCGCGAUGGAGCUCUCGUUCGCCCUAAUCAACAGUCAAAACAUCCGUGCAAUGAUGAAGGAGCUGCUCCUCUUCCUGGAGAGAUCUGAUGCGGAGUUCAAAGCGCAUUGCUCCAGUGCAAUGGUUCUGGCCGCUGAGAGAUAUGCGCCGUCCAGCAAGUGGCAUUUGGAUACGCUGUUCCAGGUCUUAUUGAAGGCCGGGAAUUACCUUCGCGAUGAUACAGUAUCGAACACGAUACAAAUAAUAUCGUCUGCGCCCGGUGAGAGGCAGGCGUACGCGUCUCAGCGAUUGUGGAUCUCUUUGGAAAGAUCAGCUGUUUGUGGCGAUUCUACUGAGAAACAGCCAAUUAUUCAGGUGGCUGCUUGGACGAUAGGAGAGUACGGAGACAUGUUGGUGUCCGAAGCCAGCAACGCCAUAUCCAUGGUCGAUGAUGAUGGAAUUGAUGAAUUUGUCCGUCCGUCGGAAGAGUACGUGAUCGAUAUAUACCAGAAGUUGUUAUGGUCCACGCAACUGUCAAUCACCACGAAGGAGUUCCUUCUGUUGUCUCUGGCCAAGCUGUCAACUCGAUUCACCACACAACCCAGCCAAGAUAAAAUACGCGUCAUCAUUGAUACAUUUGGCUCCCAUAUUCACAUAGAGCUGCAACAACGUGGUGUUGAACUGUCGCAGCUGUUUAGACAAUACGCGAACCUGCGACCGGCGCUGCUGGAGAGAAUGCCAGCCAUGGAAGUGGUCAGCACGGGAGAGAGAGACGACAGCGACACAGAAAUCGAACCAGCUGCGCCUGCGCAUACUACGCAGCCCGAUCAGGACGCGCUGUUGGAUCUAAUAAUCGGUUCGGAGCCAUUGUCCAAUGGAGAUGUUGAACACGCACCACCUGCCGCUAACAAUAAUACAACCAAUGAUAUCCUCGAUCUCCUAAGCGGUCUGGACCUAACAGCGCCUGCUCAGGCGCCCAUGGGCGUAAUGGGUGCGCCUAUCACCACGCCCAUGAGCGUAGCAAACAACAACGUAUCGCCCCUACUUGACGGCCUAUUUACAUCGCCAGCCCCAAUAACACAGAUGCAAGCGCCUGAUACCAUAGUAACAGCUCUAGAGCGUAAUGGGCUCAAAGUAGAACUGCACGUCCAACGCGGAGGAGAGACGGCUACGAUCACUAUGAAGGCGCAUUCCACUGCUGACACUGCUAUGAGCGAGUUCCUCUUUCAAGCAGCCGUGCCCAGAACAUUCCGUCUGGACAUGAUGUCUCCAUCGGGAAGCGUUCUCACACCACAAGGAGAGAUCACCCAACUUCUAAAAGUAACUAAUCCUUCUAAGACCCCACUCCGUCUAAGAAUAAGGAUAUCAUACACAAUCGAUGGCAACCCAGUAUUGGAACAGGCGGAAGUCAACAGUUUUCCCACGGAUUUGUUCAACUGA